AUGCCGAGUGCAGAGUCCCGGGGCCGGGCGCAGCCCCUGUCUGCAGCCGGGGCCGGGGGAGCCGAGGGUGGCGCGCUGGGGGGCUGGUGCACAAGGAGCCCGAGAACAGGCGGCUGGAGCGGGACGAGCCAGGUGUUUACGGUGGAGGUGCUGUGCAAUGGCCGGAAACAUACCAUUGAGAAGCGCUACAGCGAGUUCCAUGCCCUGCAUAAAAGGAUAAAGAAGAUGUGCAAGGUCCCAGAUUUCCCCCCUAAGCGAGUCCGCAAUUGGAUGUCGAAGGUGCAGGAGCAGCGGCGGCAGGGCCUGGAGGUUUACAUUCAGGGCGUCCUGUACUACAACAAGGAGCUGCCUAAGGAACUGCUGGACUUCCUGAAGCUCAGGCACUUUCAGCAGGAUGCCAAAGCCAGCAGCGUGGACCACGGCUUCCUGCUGUCCCACCGGCCAGUUAUGAUCUUCCACAAAGACCCGUAUGUGCUCCCCUCCUCCACAGAGCUGCUGCCAGACAUAGUUCUGAGUGGUGUGCUGCGAGGCUUCUACAGCCCAGCAAGCUGCUGCUGGGAGAAGGCAGCCCUGAAGUGCUUGGCAGGGUCCCACAUGCUUAACCAGCAGGGUUCCUGAGGGUAUCCACCACACAGCCAUUGCUCAGGCUUCACCAGCACCACUACUGGAGUGGGAGCACUGCUCGGUUGUUCUGUCUAGGGAUUGCUCCUGUAUCUCAGUGGCUGUGCCUUCCCUGGCAUGGGGUGAUAGACAAAAGAGGGAGAUGCUGCUGAGCCUGGGGGCUGGUGCCUAAUGCACAUGGAGAUUGGGCUGGAAGCACUUUUAGUGAACAGGGCAGCUGUGAGGCCAGACCCUAACUGCUCCAGCAGUGCCAUCUUUGGCCACAGCAUGUGGAAGUGCUGCAACCUGCACUACGGCUGGGAUGGCCAGGCUCCUUGCCAGUGCUUAUGGAUACCUAUAGCUCUGGCUGCAGCUCCAUAGAGCCUAGAGGGGGAGGGGGUGGUGUCCCAGACCCCUGCAGAGCCCCAUGGGGAAGGAUUGGUCUCCUGGAGGCUAAAGGGAGCUGUGCAGAUGUGUAUAGGAAUAAAUCAUUCAGGUCUGGGUUGGA